GCUCCCAUCCCAAAGAGUGCUCUUGUUCCUGUGAUACCUAUCACCAAAUCAACAGGAUCACGAUUUCGAAACAGUGUAGAAGGACUGAAUCAGGAGAUUGAGAUAAUAAUUAAGGAGACAGGAGACAAAGAGGAACAGCUUGUUCCUCAAGAUAUUCCAGAUGGGCACCGCGCACCACCUCCAUUGGUUCAGCGUAGUAGUAGUACUCGCAGCAUUGAUACCCAAACACCUGGUGGAGCAGACAGGGGUAGUAACAACAGCAGCCGCUCCCAGUCAGUAUCUCCAACCUCAUUUCUUACCAUCUCUAAUGAAGGUAGUGAAGAAAGCCCGUGUUCUACAGAUGAUCUUCUUGCUGAUUCCAGAGAUAAAGAGAAUGGGAAUAAUUCUCCCUUGCCAAAAUAUGCUACCUCACCAAAACCCAACAACAGCUACAUGUUCAAGCGUGAACCUCCAGAGGGCUGUGAAAAGGUGAAAGUCUUUGAGGAAAGCUUGCCAAAGCCAUUGCAUGAAAUUCCAGCCUUCUACUGCCCUGACAAGAACAAAGUGAAUUUUAUUCCUAAAAGUGGCUCUGCUUUCUGUCUUGUCAGCAUCCUCAAGCCACUUCUUCCCACACAGGAUCUCACACUUAAGGGCACUACACACAGCCUGACUGUCUCCUCCAGCAUGACGCCCAGUUUGUUACAGCCCAUUUCUAUGGCCUCCUUGUCUACAAACACAGAUCAAGACAGGAUCUCUCGUGGAACAAGUACAGUAAUACCACAGACCUCUAUACUCCAGCAAUCGGGACAUAUUGAGGAAGCUGAAGGAUAGACUUAGAUUGUCUUGAUAUUUUUCUCGGCAACUACUGGGAAAAAAUUGGAACCAGUUGACUGGACCUUUCUGAUCACACUAUUUGCAUUGUUUUAACAAGUUACGGCACUGUCAUAAUUGAAUUGUUUCUGUAAAUGACUGUUUGGUAGCAAAUUGAGACGUUCAGGAGGAUGCAGCAGCUGAUACUCUGUUGCACUUUCUGCUUAUGAAGACUCUGGUUCUGUUUCUCUCCUGC